AAAUUCGCGACGGAUCGGCUUGUUGAGUAGAGAGCCAUGGGUUGUCUCUUCGGUUGCUUUCGUGCUAGAGACGAAGACCAAUAUACGAAUGAUUCCGUCUCUCAAGCCAAAUCCAACAGAGGUCAUGAGUCGAAGAAUCGUUUGUCAGCUUUGUUUCUAUCUGAAGAGAACGCAGCUUCUUCGCCUUGUCAUGAUGACAGAGAGGGAUCUAGUUUAAAUUCUACGCAUAUUGACAAAGAUCUGAAAGAUGAGGCACAGUUUCUUAAAGUUUCCAGCGAGAUACCAGCGACACCGAUUGAAAUUUGGAAAGCAUCCAAAAAACUGGAAACCCCUCAAGGUGGUGAACAUUUAGGAUCUUCCCCUUCUUGGAUUUCCAGUAACUCUGAUGCAGUAUUUCACUUGGAUGAGAAAAAGAAUGAGCCCUAUGAAGAAAUGGGAAGAUCAUUAGAUACUUCAGAGAAAACUCCUAGCAGUUGCUUGACCAAUGUCCGGAACAAUGCAAGGAUCUCUUCUGCAUCUAGUGAUGCUAGUGAAGAAAGCAUUGGUACUGUGUUCAGGGAUGAGGUAGAUAGAACCGGCAAGGCGCCACUCAAAGCUGGAAAUAUUACAGAAAAGACAAAGUCAGUGUGGUCUGAAAUUGACUUUGAUCAAUCUCACUCUUCUAGUUCUUCCAAAAACAGCACUUCAAGGAAACCUGAAAUGGCUGGAAAAACUUUUAUCUCAGCAACCUCGCCUAAUCUGACCUCAUUGAAGCUAUGUGAUACCCCUGGAACCAUCUUGCCUGCAAAUAUGGAAUCAGCAGGAAGAGGGAGACCUAGAAUCAGGUCUCAGUUUGUGCAUUCAGCUUCCAAUCUAAAAGAAAAUGCCUCCCUAUGUAAGCUCCACGAAGAUUCAAAUGAGAGCCUAGAACAAGCUAAAGUUCAGGAAAAUGAAUCUCCCACAUCAACAAUUUGUGAGGAAAAGUUGGAAGAGAGUUCAGAUGGAAAAAACCAGAUAGGUGAAACUAGUAGUUCUCCUUGGAUGAAGCAGAGUAAAAAGAAGAGUAACAAAAAAAUGGAGACUUUAUCCAUAACUCCUGGAGACAGACCUAUCAUUGGAAUGGUUGCAGCUCACUGGAAUGAGAAAGAGCAAUCUCAAAUCUCACCCAAAUGGUGGGAUGGUAAUGGGAUACCAAACUCUACAAACAAGUACAAAGAGGACCAGAAAGUGAGUUGGCACGCAACAACUUUCGAAGAGAGAUUAGAGAAGGCACUUUCAGAAGAAGGUGGUCAAGGUUUCAUUCCUCCAAGGAGACUUGGAACAGUAGAAGAGUCUGAAAGGGACACAGCUAUAUCACAUCUGCGACAUUCGCCACAAUCUAUGUCAGUCGUUUCCUUUUGAACAUCGAGUAGUGUCCACUGAGGUAAUAUACUCUUCUGAUCUUGACUAGUCUGUACUUGAACAAAUAUUUUAACUAAAA